GUAAUUCUGUAAGGGAGGUGCUUGAAGGAUGAGGCUGAACUUGCAGCCUCUCGGUGCUAUUUAGCUGAUCCUAACGUCAGGUGACGUUUCUGUAACCCAACCGCUAAGCCUGAUUAAAAAUGACAGAACUAUGUUAACCCCAUAAAGGGAGACAGUAACACAAGCUACACUCUUUCUCUUUGAUUGGGACAACUGAACAGAGUUUGCUUUGACAGCCGGGUUCACCGAAAGGCCGUAUAGAGGAUUUGUUAUCCUUGUUAGCUGCCAUCUAGAACCGUGUCCUUUUGCAGAUAUUUCCACCCCAACAUGUCCACACUACUUGAGACAAAAGAAAUGUUUCGCAAUGCUGAUGCUGUGUGCUUUGACGUGGACAGCACGGUCAUCAAAGAAGAGGGGAUUGAUGAGCUGGCUAAGUUCUGUGGAGUUGGAGAUGCAGUAACAGAAAUGACUAGGCGUGCCAUGGGAGGAUCCAUGACUUUUAAAACAGCUUUAACAGAACGUCUGGCAAUAAUAAGACCCUCCAGGGAGCAAGUGAAUAAAUUAAUCACUGACCACCCUCCUCAGCUAACUGAAGGCAUACAGGAAUUAGUGGAACGUCUCCAACAGCGAAAUGUUAAAGUCUUCUUAAUCUCUGGAGGGUUCCGCUGUAUUGUGGAACAUGUUGCAACACAGCUUAAGAUCCCCUUGGACCAUGUAUUUGCUAACAGACUGAAAUUUUACUUCAACGGAGAGUAUGCCGGAUUUGAUGAAGGACAGCUUACUGCUGAAUCAGGAGGAAAAGGAAAAGUAAUCGGUUUACUAAAGGAAAAGCUUGCCCUUAAGAAAGUGGUGAUGAUUGGAGAUGGAGCAACAGAUUUGGAGGCCUGUCCUCCUGCUAAUGCCUUCAUUGGAUUUGGAGGGAAUGUUGUAAGGCAGCAGGUCAAAGAGAAGUCAACGUGGUACGUUACAAGCUUUGAGGAGCUCAUACAUGAGCUGGACAAGAUUUAAAGACACAGUCUUUUUUAUACAUAAAUUUAAAGCUGUGGAUCAAUGUUGUGAAAGGACUGUAACAUUCCCCUUGGAGUAAGAAUCUAUGACUUUAUGUUAUGUUUUGCACGCAAAACUGUGUGUAAUACGCACAAUUUUAUAUACUUGUAUCACCAGGGCUUAAAAGCUCUGGAAGAUAAAGAGACAAUCUCUUCUAUAUGUUUAAGGUGGGCAGAGAAGAAUUGAGUACCAGGGCAUAGCCUCUGCACUUGAAACUCCAGUGUGCCUUUUUUGAGACUCUGUUGUCACUGAAAUUGCCACUCAACAAAGCUGGUUUUUGCAGCUCUUUACCAGCGAGGUCUGUCAAUCCCAUUUCUGUAUCUCUUUAGGUCGGGCUGAGAAAGCCCAGCUCUGUUGGUCUUUCCAGACCUGCUAGGAUACUGUACUGGCCCUAUUGAGUUAAAUUAGAAAAAAAAUAUGCAAAAGGUGACGACUAGUUCAGAUCACUUCUUUGAAAAGUGUACUGACUCUUGUUUCUACCUUCUCAGUCCCCUGCACUUUCUGUGCCUCUUCUGUAUUGUGUUGUCCUUGUAUGUUGCACCAAUUCUAUCAAGGCAAAUUCCUAGUACACAUUAGUGUACCUGGCCAAUAAAGUGAAUUCUGAUAAAUUAUGAAAAGAACACUGAUUACAUUGUAAGCACUUUAUUAUUUCUGAUUUACAGAUAUUAGUCCUGUCUAGGUGUUCACACAAAAAAUAUUUGUUUAGUCAGUGCAGUGUUAAUGGUGCUGCUUCCUUGCUUAGUGCCUUUUCAGGAUCUAACUAGGUGCAGAUUUUCCAGAUUACUUAGGAAUCCUCUCAAAGUAAACACCUACACAUGGGUGUGUCAUGUAGCUUCUCUGAAUUGACCUCCAAGUUCAGGCUGCUUAAAAAUGGUGGUCUGUAAGGAACACCAUCCAAUGAGUACUUAGUUCUGCACUCGUUCAAGGAAGUUGACAGCUGUAUGCACACUAUUAAUGUACAAGGUUUUGAUGUUGUAGAGGACUUUAUUUUUUUAAAAAAUCCCUAGUUUUGUACAGUAUAAUUCAAAAUGUUAAACGUUUUAAAAAUUAUCUUAAAAUUCCCAGGCACACAGUUUGACUCUAAAACGGCAAGUGCGCAUUAGUUUACAUGUCCGUUGAGAGCGCAAAUACCACUAUUUCCACCUUGUUUAAGCUGGGCUUGAAGAUCCAAUGUUUGUACUGUAGCCAAGUUUCAAGGCCUAUUAUUUUUAAUGUUGUUCAAUAUGUAAACCAGCAACAGAAAUAACUGAUCUUUAGUAAGCUAAAUGACAUUUAAAAUUUUUCUUCAUAGCACAUUUUUAUAAUUCUUAAAUUGUGUUUUUGCAAAAGUAAAAUAAAUCAAAAUGUUUAAUACCUGCU